AGAGCGGAUCAUCAGUAGGUGAGCAGAGCUCUUGCUGUGGUGUGCUGUGCUGUACUGUGCUGUGCAGCGAGGAGUGCUCAGGACACACCAUGGCUCUCAACUUAUGGUUCAACCUUCUGCUGGUCACCGGCCUGAGUCUCGGCGUCGAAGGAAAGAUCUCAGAGUACCAGCUGGAGACGGAGAGCCUGAGUCAGUGUGAGCUGCUGCGCGGGGCCCGGGGUGCGGAGGAGGGGGGCCAUGUGCCACAGUGCUCAGAGGACGGACGCUUCAGGCAUGUGCAGUGCAGUGCGGUGGGCACCGAGUGUUGGUGCGUGGACUCGGAGGGAGCUGAGCUGCCUGGCAGCAGACAGAAUGGAACAGCCAUCCACUGCCUGACACAAUGCCAGCUGCACAGGCAGCGUGUGUUGAAGAGGGCCGAUGAGGGGGCCAGUGCCCUGCUGCCCCUCUGCACCCCCUCUGGAGACUACCAGGCCAUCCAGUGCCAGCCCACCACAGGGCAGUGCUGGUGCGUGGACCAGGAGGGCAUGGAGAUCUACGGCACGCGGCAGAAUGGCCGACCUGCACGCUGCCCUGGCAGCUGUGAGAUCCGUGAGCGGCGUCUGCUCCAUGGGGUGGGCGAGCCCUCCCCUCCUCAGUGCUCCGGUGACGGCCUCUUCCUACCCGUGCAGUGCAAGCUCAUCAACACCACAGACAGCAUGGUGUUCGACCUGCUCCACCACUUCAACAGACAACCUGCGCUGUUCCAGACAUUCAGUGGGUUCAAGAAAAUGUUCCCUGAGAUCUCCAGCUACUGCUUCUGUGCAGACAGCCGUGGCAGAGAGCUGCCCAGCACAGGCCUGGAGCUGCUUUUGGGGGAGGUGUACGACACAGCCUUCUCAGACACCUCGGCGGGACGCUCCUUCGCCCAGUCCAACAUGUACCGCAUCCUGCAGAGGAGGUUCCUGGCCGUGCAGCUGGCCACCAGCGGCAGAUUCAGAUGCCCCACUCCGUGUGAAAGUGAGAGCUCAGCCGCCUCCAAAGCCGGAAACAUCUUUGUGCCCUCCUGCGAUGCCAACGGAGCGUACGUGCCAACUCAGUGCCAGGCUGGCGGCCAGUGCUGGUGCGUCGGUGCCGAUGGGAAAGAGGUCUUUGGUACCCGUCAACAGGGGCAGCCCAACUGCGGUUCUGGACCAAGGGACUGUGCCUCUGAGAGACGCCAGGCUCUCUCCAGGCUCCUAUCCGGCCCGAUUGCCAUGCCAACUGCAGAUACGCAAGAGGACGGCACCACCCCGCCCCCGAUCUCUGUCUGCAGCCCUGAAUUCCAAGAGCUCAUCUCCAAAUCCGGCCUUCUCCGCUCGCUCCCCGAAUCCGAGCGUUCAGACGUGGGUGACAUCCUAGCAGAGCUGGUGCAGGGCAUGUUCCCCUCGGGGGCUUUGGCUCUGAAGGCCCUGUCCCUCACCCCCAACCCCAAGAGACUGCAGGAGAACCUGUUUGGUGGGAAGUUCCUGAAGAACGCUGGCAACUUCAACUUCACUGGUGCCGUGGGCUCAAGAGGAACCCUGAGCCUCACUCAAGGCUUCAGCCAGAAGAACCAGGCUCUGAUCCAGCUGCUGGGGGCUACGCUGGAGAGCGAGCCAUUCCUCAGCACCCUCCGAGAGGCCAUCACCCUACUCAAGGCGGAGGACAGCACACAGCUCGGCCCGCUGCUCCAGGCCGUGUUUAAGGGCUCCAACCCCGACACCCGAGGGUGCUCUUCUUCUUCUUCUGGGUCGCUGUACGUGCCCCAGUGCGACGAGCAGGGGCAAUUCGAGGAGGUACAGUGCACGGGGUCAGAGUGUUGGUGCGUGACCCCUCAAGGUGAAGAGGUCAUAGGGUCGCGCAGGGUGGGGUCAAGGCCCAGGUGCCCCAGCCGGUGUGAGAGGGAGAGGGACGCGGCCAUCCGAGUCCAGGCCAGCAUGUCUGCAGGUGCGCAGGUCUUCAUCCCCAAGUGUGAGGAGGGGAGCGGGGCGUACGUGCGGCGGCAGUGCCUGGGGCAGGGCUGCUUCUGUGUGGACAGACUGGGCAGCAGGCUCAGCUCCCCAUCACAGGGGACCACGGAGCAGUGUCCUACAGACUGCCAGUCUAGUGCAGCGGAGGCCUUCCUUCGCAUCGUUCACUCUGCCCUCUCCGACCCCCAGUCCGCCCCCUCCAGCAUCUCUGACGUCUACAUCCCACGCUGCACCCCUGAUGGCCGCUGGCACCCCGUCCAGUGUGACGGCCCCCCUGCACAGGCUUUUGACUUCUACACCCAGUGGAUACAGCUCAACAACGCUGGCCAGGACCUCUCUGUGUCCGACCUCCUGGCUCUCCUGAGGGCGUACGGUACCAACCCUGCCGUCACCUCAUCCUUCGGUGGCUUCCUGGCGGCUCUGUUCCAGGCUGGCCACCAGAAGGUGUUCCCUGCUCUCCAGGGCUUUGGCUCGUUUGCUGGGCUUCCCCAGGAGGUGGUGGAGGGGCGUGCGGACGCGGUCUCUGGCCCCUCCGUCCUCCUCAACCCCUUGGCGGUGUGGAGGCUCCUGAGGGGGGAGGUGGAGCGCUACCCCGGCCCCUUGUCGGAUUUCAGCCUUCCCCUGGGGCACCUGGACCUCCGCCAGUGCUGGUGCGUUAGUCCCAUGGGAGACGUGGUGCCCAACACCAAAGCAGCACUCGACCAGGCCCCAAGAUGUCCAGGCUCUUGCUCGCUGGCCGAGCAGGAGGUUACUCAAUUCCUGGCCAAGGCCGAGGAGCUCAUCUCUGCGUCCAACGCCACUCAUGUUCCCUUGGGCUACAGCUACCUGCUGGCGGCGGGGGUGCGGCUGACCCCCCAGGAGCUGCUGUUGUCAUCACCAUCAUCAUCAGAUGCCCCUACUGGAGCCCAGCUCUCUGAGGCGCUGCUCAGCCACUCCAGCUCUGCUCUGCAUCUGGCUGCUCACUCUACACUUCAGUUCUACUGGCAGACUCGGCUGAUGUCUGGUGUGGGGAGGGAGAGUCUGGUGCUGGGUUACCAGCCCUACCGGCCCCAGUGUGACGGCCAGGGUCACUGGCUCUCUCAGCAGUGCCACCCCAGCACAGGUCAGUGUUGGUGUGUGGAUGACGAAGGACGAUACAUCACUGGAUCUCUAAGCAGCCACUCCGCACAGCCACUUCAAUGCCCAAGCAAGUGCCAGCGGGCUCAGAGUGCCUCCUUCCUCUCUGAUUGGGCAAAGCCAACCAGUGACAUCACUUCCUCUUUCAGCCCCAGCUGUGAUGAGAAUGGCCAGUUCACUGUGCUUCAGACAGAAGGCUCUUCAGCCUGGUGUGUUGAUGCUGUGAGCGGCGAGAGCAUCCAGCCUGCUGUCCUGAGCACCAAUGGAGACUACACAUGCCCAGGAUGGUGUGCAUUGCAGAGAGCUGGAGCCCAGGCCAGAGAGGUGGGUCUGGGCUUUGAGCCCGAGUGUGCCCAGGAGGGGGCGCUCUUCUCAGCGCUGCAGUGUGACCAGGCUGACUGCUGGUGUGUUUCCGAGGACAGUGGCAUGGAGCUGCCGGGGACGCGCACCUCACGCCACAGCGGCCAGGUCCCCAGCUGCGACCGACCUCAGUGCCCUCUCCCAUAUGGAGCUGCCAGCGUGUCUCAUGGCGCUGUAGUGUGUCGUCCAGACCAGCAGGGGCAGCAGAGGUGUGAGGUGCAGUGCCACCACGGAUAUGCCAACGUCUUCCCGUCCGCCAGCUUCCUGUGUGACCCCAGCACUGAAAUCUGGCUCUCCGGAGUGCCACUGGCUCACGCAUGCCAGCGCUCCCAGGUGUUCCAGGUAGUGAGUAGUGGCGCCACCCUGCAGGCGUCCCUGAAGUCAGGUCAAAGGUCAUGUGAUGCCCAGCGCUCUGAGCUGCAGUCCUCCCUGCUGAGGGACAUGAGGGCCACAGGCCUUUGCAGUGUACAGCUGCCAGGGCCUGGUCGGAUGGAAGGCGUGUCUGUGUGUGACGAGUCGUCUGUGUCUGUGGAGUGUGUGAGCGACGAGCAGCUGAAGGCUCGCUUCACCCUCACCGCGCACCUCUCAGACCUGCCCUCCGCUGCACUCCCAGACCUGCAUGACGUUGACACGGCCCUGAGUAGCGAGAAACUCCUGAGCGGGCUGCUGGAUCUGAUUGGAGGAGAGCUGUACCAGUCCUUGCUGUCGGCCAACCAGGCGGAGGCCUCCGUCUCCGAGCCGAACUUCAGCUGUGCCGCAGGCUUCCAGAAGACUCCAGAUGCCAGUGGCUGUGUGGUGUGUCCUGAGGGCACCUUCUCCAGUGCUGCGCUCUGCUCUCCAUGCCCACGUGGCACCUACCAGGAGCGGGCAGGCCAGAGCCAGUGCACACUCUGCCCCGCGGGCACCACUACCACUGCGCCAGGGGCGCUCAGUGCCACCCAGUGUGGGACUCCAUGCCAGCUGAGUGGGAUGAAGUGCUCAGAGGCAGGGGACUUCCUCUCCGCACAGGAAGACGUCCCGUCAGGCAGGUGGCAGUGCGUGACACGGGACGGGCAGCCGUUGCCAUGGACAUCUGCCGAGGAGCCAAUCACAGAACUGGACUGUGCAGCUCUGCGGGGCUUUGAUGCCGUGCCUGACUCCCAGCUGCUCCUUGGCACCCAGGAUUCCAUCCUGCUCCGUUCGGAGACUGGAGACCUGCCCCUGGAGAAACACCUCAGGAAGUGCAUUAAGGAGUGCUCUGAGGAUGCGUCGUGUCAGCAUGUGGCUGUGUACAGUGCCGAGGGCCAAGCUCACUGUGACUCCUACAGCACAGACGCAGCCAAUGUGGAGUGCAGCACUUCAGAGCCAACCAAAGGCUUCCUGGGUAACCCCUCAGCGGAGCUCUACCAGAGUCUGAGCUGUUCCCUGAAGCUGAGGACGGCCCGACAGCCCAACCUCACCGUGCUCAGGAAGAAGGGUCACGAGUUCUCGAGCGUGGUGGGGCGGAGGACGUUUGAGCGUUUGCCGUUCCGCAAGGCCGGCUCUGGGGUGUACCGCACGGUAGUGGUGGCCGCAGCCGGGGGCGCUGAGCUGGCGGACGCAUACCGAUUCUGCGCAGACGUCUGCAGUCAGGAGGCAUGCUGCGACGGAUUCAUCCUCAACCAGAACGUACUUAACGGAGGUUCCCUGAUGUGUGGUCUCCUGAGCCAGCCUGACGUGCUGCUGUGCAGUGAGGCGGACUGGGACGUGUCUGGCCAGGGCCGCUCGAGCAGAACCUGCGGAGCUGGAGUCCAGUACAGCAAACAGAACAAACGCUUCACCUUCAACUUUGGCGGACAGAUCUUCAACAUCACUGACACAGCAUUGCCAGCAUCUAGCAAAAACAAAACUGACUACCAGGCCUCCAUCAUUGGCUUCCAGCAAGUCUACCUAUGGAAAGAGACGGACAUGAGCACCCGGCCCAAGACCUCAUCCUGUGUCAGCAGCCGGCCUGAAACUGUCUCUGGAGCACUUUUAUCAGAUGCCGUUCUGCAGUCGUUUGGUUCCCUGGAGGCCAGUGAGGUUGAGGUGGCUGCUGGGAGGGUCGUGCCCAGCCAACAGUACUGGGUCUUCAAGCACCAGUUCAACCUGGAGCAAGCACAACUCUGGUGCCUUCAACGCUGUGAGGAAGAGGAGCUGUGCCACAUGUCUGAUCUGCGUGAUGAAGGCCCCUUGUACUUCCUGUGUGAGCUGUUCCCAGACACCCGCGUGUGUGGAGCCUAUGACAAGCCCCUGAGGCAGGCCUGCAGCCUGCAGCUCUCCAGAGCUCCCCAGAGGGCCCACCAGAAAACAGUUGACCUGAGUGGCAGUGUGGAGAGCUUCUACUCACGUACGCCUUUUAGGAAGAUGGUGUCCUACUCUGUUCGCAGCAGGGUGAACCUGUCAGCUAAGCCCAUCACAGAGGGAUUCUUUGAGUGUGAGCGCCGCUGUGACGAGGACCCGUGCUGCCGUGGCAUCGGCUAUGUGAAGGACACGGCUGCAGCAUCCUCCAACCCUGAGCUGCUGUGCCUGACUCUGAACAGCCUGGGCAUUCAGACGUGUGGGGAGGACGACCGCACCAGCUGGAGGGUACAAGACUGCAGCCCCUCCAAGGUGGAGGCCCAGACCUACCCAUUCGGCUGGUAUGAGAAACCAGUAAACCAGUGGACCAAAAGCCCCAGCCUGUGCCCCAGCUUUGGCCUACGUACUCCCUCAAAGGAUGUGAACAUGAUGGACUGGAAUCUGCUGCAGCCGUCUUCGGUGCUGGUGGACCCAUCUGUCUCAACGUUUGACAUCGUGCACAUCAGCAAAGACAUUGCAGAGAAUGCAGACAAGGUGACAGAAUGGUGUCUAGCAGCUUGUGAGGAGAGUGCUUCCUGUAUGGCGGUGAGCGUGGAGAGCAGGGACUCGGCCUCGCGCUGCAUCCUGUAUCCUGACACACACACCUGCAUUCCCACUGGGCAUGCUCACGACUGCCGCCUGCGAAUCAGAGAGGCCGCAUCUCAGGUGUACCUCCGAACUGCUGUGAAGCAGGACAUGAGCUCGGUGGAGAUCCCUGGUCAUGGGCAGCUCCUGGGCCAGUCUGUGGUCACAGCUGUGGGCUCCGACAGGAAAACAGUCUGGCAGUUCCUGGGUGUUCCUUACGCCCAACCACCAAUCAACACUCUCCGAUUUAGCCCGCCUCAGCCAGCUGAUUGGUCCGGCUCUUGGAAUGCUACCUUCCUAAGGCCUAGUUGCAUGCUGCCUGGAGUGACCUCUGGCUCCAGUGAGGACUGUCUCUACCUGAAUGUGUUUGUCCCCGCCGGUCGGAGGGACUCUCCAGUCCUGGUGUUCUUCCACAACCCCUCUGGCCUCCUGGAUGGCUCUUACCUGGCUGCUGAGGGCAACGUCAUCGUGGUCACGGCCGGUUACAGGGCGUCUGCCUUUGGCUUCCUCAGCACAGGUUCAGACAGCGGCCCGGAGAACUAUGGCCUGCUGGACCAGUUGGUGGUUCUAAAGUGGGUCCAGAAGAACAUCGCUCAGUUUGGGGGCGACCCGAGACAGGUGACGCUGGGCGCUGAGAGGAACGGAGCAGACAUAGCCAGUCUUCACCUCAUAUCCUCAGCCUCCUCAGGCCUCUUCAGACGAGCACUACUCAUGGGCGGCUCCAUCUUCUCCCCAGCGGUGGUGCAGAGUCGCCUCAGAGCCCAGGAGCAGAGCUCAUCUCUGGGUAGAGAGUUGGGCUGCUCCUCCACCGAGCCCACCCAGCUACUGGCCUGCCUCAGAGCUGCCCCUGCCCUCGCCAUCAACACUGCACAGACCAAGCUGUUGGCAGUGAGCGGGCCGCUGCAGGCCUGGUCCCCUGUGGUGGACGGCCUCUCUGUGAAGGAGGCUCCAGCCUCAGCUCUCCACAGCUCUCGCUUCCACAGGGCUGACCUACUAUUGGGCUCCUCCAUCCAGGACGGACUCAUCAGUCGAGCACGCAACAUUAAGAGGUUUGAGGAGCUGCAGGGGAGAGCGGACAGUAAGACUGCCUUCUACGAGGCCCUGUCUAACUCCCUGGGUGGCCCAGAGGCCAGUGCCUUUGUCAAGGAGGCCGCCUCCUGGUUCUACUCCCUCCACCACGCACCCAGCCCCGUCGGGUACCAGAUCUUCUCUCGUGCCCUCGAGAAUGCCACCAGAGAUCUUUUCAUCAUCUGUCCAGCUAAGAAGAUGGCUGAGUUUUGGGCCUCCAACACCAAAUCAAACGUCUUCAUGUACCACCUGCCUGAGGAAAUGACCCACACCAGUGUUGAUCUGUCUAUGCCCCUGGAUGUGCAGCUGAUGUUUGGGCUGCCCCAUAACACUGCCACCCAGCAGCUGUUCUCCAAUCAGGACAGAACCCUCUCCACACAGAUCAUGACCUACAUGACCAACUUCAUCAAGACUGGUAAUCCCAACGCUCCGCUCUCUCUGCCGCGGGUGUCGUUUGCGGCGCUGCUGCCUGCGUGGCCACGUGUGCUGGCUCAGCCUGCUGGAGGAGACAACUACAAGCUCUUAGCUGGAGCCCUCGCUAACGGCCAGGCGCUGCGCAUAGCAGAGUGCUCCUUCUGGAACCACUACGUGCCUGCUCUGAAGAGCGCCACUGCCAACUUCUCCCUGGACACUGCAGUGGCUGAAUCCACAGCUGUUGAAGCUCCAACGCCAGACACUAAGCUAGUAGCAGCUUUCCAAGACGUGGUGACACUGACACCAGAGAAACCCAAGUCUGAGAAGGAUUCCUACAGUUAAAAUGCUGGACUACUUUGACCUAUAAAUAAUCUUCAAUCCUCACUACACACACACACGCAUCAAAUUAAGCAGUUAUCAACACUUAAUCAUGGAUCACUCAUUACCUCCAAUCAACUUGUGCAAAUUCAACAAUAAAGUGCAUUGAAAUGAAAGCA